AUGGUCAACAUCCCGAAGACCCGCCGGACUUACUGCAAGUCCAAGGAGUGCCACAAGCACACCCAGCACAAGGUCACCCAGUACAAGGCUGGCAAGGCCUCCCUGUUCGCCCAGGGUAAGCGUCGUUACGACAGGAAGCAGAGUGGUUACGGUGGUCAGACCAAGCCCGUCUUCCACAAGAAGGCCAAGACCACCAAGAAGGUUGUCCUUCGUCUUGAGUGCACUGCUUGCAAGACCAAGAAGCAGCUCGCUCUGAAGCGCUGCAAGCACUUCGAGCUUGGUGGUGACAAGAAGACCAAGGCAUUCACUGCUAUCCGCAAGCCCCAAGGGCGCAACCCAUGCCAGAUCGGGCCCUGCAAGAGUCAUACUCUGCGGAUAUCCCCCGCACCCCCACGCCCAGCCAAAGCCAACCGCCAGACCCAAUCACGACUCCGCAAUACCGAGAUCCCCAUUAUCUCCGCGACAAUGAAGCUCAAUUCUACCUAUGAGACUCAGGAAUCCAAGGGAGAUACGCGCCAUCCCCCACCACAGCAACAGGACGGCUCGUAUCGUGUGGUGCACCCCCGCAUCCCCAGAAAAUCAUUACCCUCGGCCGACUUCCAGCCAUGA